ACUUUAUAUGGCCUAAUAAGACAACAGUUGGCUGUAGUUCUUCUAAAAGUUCUUCUGAUCGUUGCUGAGUCUACUCACUCGGAAUACGGUGGUGUCUUUGACGCAAAUGCCAAGCACAGGAAUGCCUAUGAUUUUACUUGUGGCCCCUUUUUUCUCUUCUGUUCGUUUUUGGUCGUCUUCACAGUGACCCAGUUUGUUGAUCCAAGUCUGCCUGACACCCACCUCUCCGACACGAGUAUCCAAACCACGGCAACUGAGGCGACCGAUUUACCUGUUCCCGGUGAUCCCAGUCAUUUGGUUGACUCAGUAAUUUCUGUGGAUUCUAUGGAUUCAUGCCUCAACACCAAUCCAAUCGAGGAACUACCCUUUUCAGAGCCCAAUUACUUUGACUCUGCCUCCACGGCUACUAUGAUUCGUUUACUUAUUUCACGCAGCCUUUCUCGACUUGACCCCAGCUGGUUCGAAAACCAGUCUGUCGAAUCGUCGAAUCGCCACCUAGUCGGCGGCACCGAUGUUGACCUCGAGCCUGCAAUACUAGCCGAUGAUCAGCCUGGCGAGGAAUUGGAUGAGAGAGAGGCAAAUAGCUCGUUGCUCGGUUCGGAAUUGCUCUCCAAAAGCGACGUUCCAAUAGCUCAAUUGCUUCACUCUUCCAACCCGGAUUCCUCUCAGAAUGGUUGUUCUGGUAUCGGAACUCCAGCUUUGAGAACGAGAGGCUUAUCGCCAUGCUUAAUUGAACCAUCUUCAAUGACAGCACUAAACCAAGGCUUGUCUGUCAAACCGGAGCAUAAUGGUUCAAGGACCCACCGCAAAAUUGACUUCAGUCUUGACCUUGAUCCGAUCAAGACAAACCCUACGCCGGGCCUAGAUGAAUUUUCGUCUCCUGUGCUGAAUGCCCGUAUCAUUUGGCAGCUUACAUUGUUCUACAAUCCGCUCGUACUCGUAGCAUACGGGAAUUCCUUCGUGAGCUACAUAGCCCCUUCAAUCUGUUCUCGCCAUCCGUCCUGCUCCCUACAUACGCCAUCAACAUAUCAUCUGCCACCUGAAGAUUCGGGUGAACUUCACCAGAUAUGA